UUGUGACAGGUGCUCAUUGCCAGCAAUGGCAUUGCUGCAGUCAAGUGCAUGCGUUCCAUCCGUCGCUGGGCUUAUGAGAUGUUUCGGAAUGAACGGGCCAUACGUUUUGUCAUCAUGGUUACCCCGGAGGACCUCAAGGCCAAUGCAGAGUACAUCAAGAUGGCAGAUCACUAUGUACCUGUCCCAGGAGGGACAAACAACAACAACUAUGCUAAUGUGGAGCUCAUUUUGGACAUAGCAAAACGAAUUCCCGUUCAGGCCGUAUGGGCCGGUUGGGGUCAUGCUUCUGAGAACCCCAAACUCCCUGAAUUGCUGCACAAGAAUGGCAUCGCCUUCAUGGGUCCACCUAGUCAGGCUAUGUGGGCUCUUGGAGAUAAGAUUGCCUCUUCUAUUGUGGCCCAGACAGCUGGCAUCCCUACGCUACCCUGGAGUGGAACAGGGCUGACUGUAGAAUGGACAGAGAAUGACCAGAAGAAAGGAAUUAUUAAUGUCCCUACUGAGCUGUACGAGCAGGGCUGUGUACAUGACGUGGAGGCUGGACUUAAGGCGGCAGAAGAAAUAGGCUACCCUGUGAUGGUGAAGGCGUCUGAAGGCGGAGGAGGAAAAGGUAUCCGGAAAGUCAAUGGUGCAGAAGACUUCCCCAACCUCUUUAGACAGGUUCAAACUGAGGUUCCAGGUUCCCCCAUCUUUGUCAUGCAAUUGGCCAAACACGCUCGCCACCUGGAGGUGCAGGUCCUGGCUGAUCAGUAUGGUAACGCCAUCUCUCUGUUUGGCCGUGACUGCUCCGUCCAACGGAGGCAUCAGAAGAUCAUUGAAGAAGCUCCGGCUACUAUUGCCACCUCUGAUGUGUUUGAGGAUAUGGAGAAGUGUGCAGUGAGGUUGGCGAAGAUGGUGGGCUAUGUGAGUGCAGGUACAGUGGAGUAUCUCUACAGUCAAGACGGCAGCUUUUACUUCCUAGAGCUCAACCCUCGUCUUCAAGUGGAACAUCCUUGUACUGAGAUGGUGGCUGAUGUUAAUCUGCCUACGGCCCAACUGCAGAUCGCUAUGGGCAUCCCACUUCACCGCAUUAAAGACAUCAGGGUGAUGUACGGGAUGCAGCCAUGGGGAGACUCCCCUAUUGACUUUGAUGGACUCUCCACCACCCCCUCUCCACGAGGACAUGUCAUUGCAGCUCGAAUUACUAGCGAGAACCCAGAUGAGGUGUGUGAUCCUGACUGA